AUGACCGAGGUCCUCAGUUCCCACGGCCACGCAUCCGCCUCGUCGGCAUCGUUAGGCCUAGCGACGCAUCCGUGGGAGCUUAUGGACGGCGGCGCGUUGAAUAAAGCGGGAGCCAUGGCGGCAAUCGCGGAGAGCGAGGUGUUCGAGUCGGGCGACGACGACGAGGAGAGCCGACUGCUCUGGCAGAUCAUGAUGAUCGAGGAAGCGGCGCGAGAGGCGGCCGCGCAACGAGCGGAAGCGGUAAACACAACGGAAGCGGCACACACAGCAGAGGCCACGAGGGAAACAAACGAAACGAUAGAAACAACAGAACCGACGGGAACGUCAGAACCGACAGAAGAAUCAACGGAAACGCAAUUGGCGGAAACGUCUGAUUUGACGGAAACACCUGACACGGCGGAGGCCGCGGAGGAGUCAGCUGAAGAAUUGAAGCAAGUGGCGGAGGUUGCGGCGGCGGAGACCACGGCGGAGGAGUGCGCGAAGGAGGAAAGCGCGGAAAAGAGCGCGGCGACGGAGAGGGCGGCGGCGGAGAGCUCGGCGGCAGAGAGGGCGGUGGCGGAGGACGGGGAGGCGGAGAGCGCGGUGGCGGAGAGGGCAGUGGCGGAGAGCGCGGUGGCGGAGAGGGCAGUGGCGGAGAGCGCGGUGGCGGAUAGCGUAGAGGCGGAGGGCGCAGCGGCGGAGAGCGUGGCACUCGUCACCUCUACCAACGCCGCCAUUGCUAGCGACACCGGUACCACAGCCAUCGCCGCUGCUCCGAGGGCUGAAACCGCUGAAACCUUGAACGCCCCAAGCAGCAGCAGCAAUGGCGGCGGCUUCGGCGGCGGCGGCAUUCGCAAGAGCACAAGCGCAAGCGGGCUUUUCACUCUCGAAUCCGCAACCAGCAAUACUCCUACCAGUGACACGCCGCCCAUCAGCACCAGCGCCGGCGCUGCUCCGCACAAAGAUGCCUCGCGCGCGGCGAGCACCGGCGGAAGCAUAAGCAAAAGCACCAGCACCGGAGCCCUCUCCUCCCUCAUUUCCGCGCGCUCCUUCCGCAUCCGCGGAAAGUCCUCAGGCGGAGGGCUUUCCUUCCUCCCCGCCCUCACUGUUCCGGACUCCCCCUCAGCCUCCGACGACCACGGCCCGCUCUCCUGCUCCGCCAUCCCUUCCGCAGCCGCCGCUGCCCCCAGCAGGAGCGUCGGCCCCCUGCUCACGCCCUCCCGUCGCUUUUCAAAAUGGUUCUCGUUUAGGGCGGCGGAUAAGGCGCAAGCUUCUAGCGGGGAUAGCAAUGCGGCUGCUGCCAAGUCUGCCGCGCAGUUCCUGUCUGGGAAGCCUGCGACUGGCGGUUUUUCCUCCGCUGCUGUCUCUGACUCGAGUGAGGUUGUGUCUCUGAGCGUGGCCGAACCCAUUGCGGAGUGCGAGAGCGAGGAGGGGAGGGGAAGCGCAGAAGAAACGGGCAAGUCCAAAGACACAUCCUCGUUAGGGUUGGUCUCGCCAAAGAAGCGCAUGGUGCCAUUUCGCAAAAUGGCAACAUUCAACUCGCGGUACCUCUCUCUCUUGGGGCUGCUUUGCAUCGUGCUGUGCUUUGCGAGCGCGCACGCCCAGGCGCCGGCGAAGCCCACCAAGGCGCAAAUAAAAGCGGAGCUACAAAACAUGGCGAACGCAAUUACUAAGAAGUUUCCGCAAUACUCGAAAUAUGCCAAGGACAUCAACAAGUACAUCGGCCUCGCACUGAACUCCAAGUACGAUUUCACAGCGCUCAGCGACGCAACUCUCCUUCUCCCCAGCGACACGGAGGCGGAGGCACUCGCUAAGAAGGUUCCCGUUAAUAAAGCCAACAUCCCCAGAAUCUACAACAUCACGGCGUACCACAUUAUCCGCAAGAAGUACACCGUUCCCGCGCUCAAGGUGCUCAAGAAGUCGCAGCCGCUCGGCACGCAGCUGAAGCAGGCGAUGUACAAGGUUUCGCAGCAGAAUGGUAACGUUGUUUCUUUCGCCAAGACGCCCAACGCCCCCCCUGCCGCCUGGACCACGAUCAAGAUCGUCCGGCUGUACGCUGGACCGUACUUCAUCGCUCACGGCGUGGAUAAAGUCCUGAUUCCCACGAACACCAAGGUGUAA